CAAUUCCAGUGUAGAUUUACAAACGGAAAAACUAAAUCAGCGGAUUGGACGCAUCGAAGAAUCGUUGAGUCGCAUUAACGAACGUCACAGCCUUAGCAGUAAUAGUGAUAGUCAACAACAACAACAAGAGGACCAGGACCAGGAGCGCAACGGUAGCCUUGAAAAUAUACCCACGGUAUUAGACGAUUUCUCAUCUCUGCCACCACCACCGCCGCCACUAGAACUCAGCAUGAGUGUUUUGGGUUAUCAGGAUAUUAUCAAUGGACCAUUGAGCCAAUAUUUGGCAUUGUCAGCCAAAAUUGGCGGCGAUGUUGCCAAGCAUGCUGAUUUUGUUAAAAAGGCUUUUGAUGCCCAAUUGCAAUAUGUCACCUUGGCCACACAAUGCUCCAAGCCCGAUCAAAACAAACAAAUGGAAUUGUUGAAACCAACAUCAGAUCAAAUUACAGCUAUUCAGGAUUUCCGUGAAAAGAAUCGUGCCUCACCAUUCUUCAAUCAUUUGUCAGCCAUUAGUGAAAGUAUCCCGGCUUUGGGUUGGGUUUGUGUGUCUCCCACACCCGGUCCCCAUGUCAAGGAAAUGAACGAUGCCGGUCAAUUCUAUACCAAUCGUGUAUUGAAAGAAUGGAAGGAAAAGGAUGCCACACAUGUUGAAUGGGCUCGUGCUUGGGUUCAAACUCUAACAGAAUUGCAACAAUAUAUUAAACAAAAUCAUACUACUGGUUUAGUAUGGUCUGGCAAGGGUGCCGCACCUGCAUCGGGUGCUGUUCCACCACCACCACCCAUGGGUGGUUGUCCUCCCCCACCACCUCCACCAACAUUUGACAUGUCCAAUAUGUCAUUGGAGGGUGGUUCGGCAGAUGAACGUAGCGCCUUGUUUGCGGAAAUCAAUCAAGGAGAGAAUAUCACCAAAAAUUUGAAAAAGGUCACUGCUGAUAUGCAGACACACAAAAAUCCCACUCUACGCACCGGGCCAGCACCCUUCAAAGCACCCACAACUCAAUUAGGUUCGGUUUCUUCUAAGGGCCCCGUCGUUGAGGUGGCCAAACCUCCAGUAUUCACCCGUGAUGGCAAGAAAUGGUUGAUUGAAUAUCAAAAGAACAAUCCCAAUUUAAUUGUUGAGAACGCUGAAAUGAACAAUGUUGUCUAUGUGUUCAGAUCGGAAGGUUCCACAUUGACCGUUAAGGGCAAAGUAAACAAUAUUGUCUUUGAUUCCUGCAAAAAAUGUUCUCUACUCUUUGAUUCGGUUGUGGCCUCCGUGGAGUUUGUCAACUGUCAAUCGGUACAGAUGCAGGUGUUGGGUAAUGUGCCUACAAUUUCGAUUGAUAAAACCGAUGGAUGUCAAAUGUAUUUGUCCAAGGAUUCAUUGGGCGUUGAAAUUGUUAGCUCUAAAUCUUCCGAAAUGAAUGUUAUGUUGCCUGUCGAUGAUAAUGGAGAUUAUACGGAAUUGCCUUUGCCUGAACAGUUUAAGACCACCAUUAGUGGCAAGACCUUGAAGACUGUUUGUGUUGAUAGCCUUGGUUAAACAAUCCACGCAUCUGUCAUUUGCCAGUUAUGCAUCUAUUGCACAUGUGCACCACCACCAUGCCCCAAGAAAACAAAAACAA